CGCAGCAGCGCCGCCGUCAGCCGCGCCGCCACCGCCGCUGCAGCAGCGCGGGCGGCCGAGAGCCGGUAGCAGGGAGCCUGGGGAAGGGGCCGCCGAGCCCCGUGCGCUCCUACCGGUCGCUACGCGGCUGCGAAAUCGAUGACUAUUUUUAUUUACUUAUUUGUUUAUUUUUUAGGAACGGCUGCUCCAAGGCUCAGGUCUUCUCGUGAACCUGCAGCGACGCCCCCGGCGCGUGCACAAAGGCUCCGACGGCAGCCGGCGGGGACUGGCGAGCGCGCCGGAGCCGGCGCCAGAGGUCGCCUGUGCGCGCCCUAGCCAAGCCCCGGGCACCAUGCCGCGGCGCCUGCAGCCCCGGAGCGCGGGCACAAAGGGCCCGCCCGGCACGACCGCGGCGGCUUCGGAGGCCGCCUCACGCCCCCACCCCUCACCCUCCGGGGACGCUCCGGCCUCCGCCAAGCCGCUGCUGCGCUGGGACGAGGUGCCCGACGACUUUGUGGAGUGCUUCAUCCUGUCGGGCUACCGGCGGCUGCCGUGCACGGCGCAGGAGUGCCUAGCCUCGGUGCUGAAGCCUACCAACGAGACGCUGAACUUCUGGACGCACUUCAUCCCACUGCUGCUGUUCCUGAGCAAGUUCUGCCGCCUGUUCUUCCUGAGCGGCCGCGACGUGCCCUUCCACCAUCCGUGGCUACUGCCGCUGUGGUGCUACGCUUCGGGCGUGCUGCUGACCUUCGCCAUGAGCUGCACGGCGCACGUGUUCAGCUGCCUGUCGCUGCGCCUGCGCGCAGCCUUCUUCUACCUGGACUACGCGUCCAUCAGCUACUACGGCUUUGGCAGCACUGUGGCCUACUACUACUACCUGCUGCCCGGCCUGAGCUUGUUGGACGCCAGGGUGAUGACCCCGUACGUGCAGCAGCGCCUGGGCUGGCACGUGGACUGCACGGGCCUCAUUGCCGCCUACCGCGCGCUCGUGCUGCCCGUGGCCUUCCUGCUGGCCGUGGCCUGCACCGUGGCCUGCUGCAAGAGCCGCACCGACUGGUGCUCUUAUCCGUUCGCGCUGCGCACCUUCGUCUUCGUCAUGCCCCUGAGCAUGGCCUGCCCCAUCAUGCUCGAGAGCUGGCUCUUCGACCUGCGGGGCGAGAACCCCACGCUCUUCGUGCACUUCUACCGCCGCUACUUCUGGCUGGUGGUGGCCGCCUUCUUCAACGUGAGCAAGAUCCCCGAGCGCAUCCAGCCGGGCCUCUUCGACAUCAUCGGCCACAGCCACCAGCUCUUCCACAUCUUCACUUUCCUCAGCAUCUACGACCAGGUGUACUACGUGGAGGAGGGCCUGCGCCAGUUCCUUAAGGCGCCGCCGGACGCGCCCACCUUCUCGGGCACCGUGGGCUACAUGUUGUUGCUGGUUGUCUGCCUGGGGCUGGUCAUCAAGAAGUUCCUCAACAACACCGAAUUCUGCGGUAAAAAGUGAGCCUCCGCCUUGGAGGAGGCUGCCGGCUCGCUCACCUGUUUGUUUGAAGUUUCUGUUGUUGGUUUGUUUUCAAGUUUUGUUGUGUUUCCUUCUUUGCUCGAGGAGGGUGCUGCAAAACCACAGGGAAAAAGUUCAGUGCGACAAGGGCUUUGGGAGAGUGCACUCAGUGCACUUAGGGCUUUGGGAGAGGGAGGUGGGGCAAGCAGGAGGGAGAGGGCGGCUGGUUCUUGCCCCUGGAAAAAAUGCAGGUGGUGCCUGUGACAUCCAGGGAUUCUUCUAAGGCAGCGCGAAUAGAACCCCACAUAAACCCCCAACCAGUUCGAUCUUCCAGUCGUCUUCUCUGCCAGAGGUAAUAACGAGCAGCCCUUGUGAGGUCAGGCAUGCAGUAAAGAGGGUAAGUAGACAGAAUCCCUGGGUACUUCCGUUUCAGUGUGAGGAAUGCUUGGAUUUGUCAAAGAAUAGAGCUUUGUAGGAAAAGAGCACAGAGACACUAACCCAGGGCUUAACCUGCUAGAAAAUGCAUGGAAUGUGAACACACGUUAAUUAUUUCACAAUGUUUCUUAGAUGUUAGUUAAAUAGUAAUAUAUACAAUGAUUUUUCAUAAUUUAUCGAAGCCUGUGAUCUGCACUGAAUUUUCUUUAUCACGUAGUUUGGAAUCUUGCAGCUCUUCUGCGUUGCAUAUACUUGAACUGGACAUCAGGGCAAGCUGCUUGAGAGUUCUCAGCUACUUUUUUAAACAGUAUUUUUUGAAGGCCUGUGUGUGUCAUGAUACAACUGUGAAUUAUUCUACCUUAGGGACUCUGGUUAAACUAUCGGGAAGGAGCUAAGUGGAUUGUAUAGGUCCCAGAUUGCUAUUUACUCAUGUGUUCCACAAAACCCAUCCUGUUUUUCGGUUUUGUUUUUAAUCUGAUUCUCUUUUUCUCUACUGAUUCAAAUUGCCACUGGAAUAAAUGUGCCUUUUGAAGCAAUGCCCAAAUGACUGGUCCUCAAACAUAGUUUAUUGCAUGGGGAGAGCAGUAGGUGUAAGCUUUUCUUACUUUAUUGCAAAUCAAGGUUUAACAUUCUAUUCAGGAGGGAAGGAGGAGGUAUGGGUUGUAAGUUUUUGGUAGGACCAGUAGUGGCUUCCUAGGACAUGCAGAGCAUUUGGCUUCUCUUACAAGGAGAAGAAAUCAGCCCACUAAUGAGGCUGUGGUUCCUAAUGCUGCCAUCGGGGAAGGUGAAAGGACACUGUUCUAGACUGAGCCUGUCUAGCCUUGCUUAAAAUUAAAAUCGUAGUAUUCAGCAGUAAAUAUGGCAGUUGUAAUAUGAAAGUCAGGAGUAUGUUGCUUGAGUUAUAGCUGAAAAUUUUGAGUUAAAUAAGAUGACCUUUGCCUAGUUAAGCACUGAAUUCUCAUUUGGAUCCAGACUAUGGAAAUGAAUGGCGGUCACCCUAAAUCGUUGAAAAAUUAGGGAAACACGCUCCUGAGAUCCUAUCUGACAGCCGCGUUGGCCAGUGUUACUUAAGACAUUUCUCAUAAACGUUAUCCUGGACUUGAGAUAGCAGCUCUAGACUAACACAAACCACUGAGGUGGCUUAUUUAAAUACUUAUCACACUUCUUGACACGUCCUUCGUCCUUCGGGUGAAGAGCCAGAUAAGUCAUUGAAUGGGGAAGUCUUGACUUCAUGGUAUAAUUUAGAGCAAGGACAGAAGGUAGAUGAACACUUACCUCAGCACUGGUAGGCUGGUGGUCCUGCCAAGAUUGCUCUUUUUGUUUAUGCUUUUAAUCACUACUGUACUUGUAAACAGAUAGGCUCCGGCACAAUUCCCUGGAGGAACCAGUAUCCUUGUGUGUUAAUUGCACACGGAAGUUAACUUUAUAUAUGUCUAUAUUUAACUUAGGAGAUCUCUUAACGAGAUUGUAAAUACACUUUGCACAUUUGCUGAUGGGUGUCAGUGUCUCAUGUUUGGCAAAGUGCAAGGAGAUUCCUGUUAGGUUACAGGGACUGAGAGCUGUGCCUGCCACGGAUGUUAAUCCUCAGCUGUAACUUAAUUCAGUACAUGUAUUCAAGGACAAUUGUGGCAAUCAGGCUAUUUCCACAUGCAAACUCAUUUGCAUGUCAUUGUUGUCUCUUCUAGAGCCCCCAAAAAUGUUGGUUUGGAAGCUAGAAAAACAGGUUGAGGAGCAUUUUGGAUCUUCCUUGUAAAAUAGAAGAAACUCUCUAGAGACAGCCUUCUAAAAAAGGUUGAUGAGUUUGAGAACAAGAAAUAAAGCCUCUAUUUGUCAUUUUAAAUUUUUGUUGGCGAUCUUCCAGGUCCUCAAAGAAAAUUCUCUUCUUGCCUUGUGUCUUUGUCCUUAAGCAGAGGCCGCUUAAGGAUAAAAUUAUACCCAUAUAAUUUUCAAGUGAUUAUGAUGCAUGAGCCCAGUAAGAUGACACACUUUUCCCCUGGAAGGUUUCAGCAAAGUGAGGACUGACUUUCCUUCCCUUUGCUUCUUCCUUCCUGCACGUUCCCUUUCCCAUUCCAUCUUCAUUUUUAUAUACCACAUACAGCACUGACAAAGGACAUUCUAGUUGAAAACAUUGGUUUGGCUUUACCUCAUGUUUCCAAAUAGGUACCGUAUACACGUAUACACUACAUAAGACCGGGGUUGAUUUGUGAGGCUAUAUAUGUUAUUUGCUAAAUGAUAUCGGAUUUCGGUCAAGAUAAAUGAUGAUAUUUGAGAAUCAGCAAAUAUUUACUCAGUCUCCACAUUUGGAACUCUCCAGGUAUAUUAUAUAUUUCAGGGGUAAUAUGACAAUCAGAAUAAAAUCGCUUUUAAAAUAUUUUUUCACACUCUUCAUUUUGCCACAUCCAAUUCAGUCAGUUUAUUGUGUUCAGCUGUUAGAAAUGUAGGACAGAUGAUAAGUAAGAAUGCACUCCCUUAUCUCUGUACAACCUAUUUCAGCAGUAGAAUUUUGAAGCCCGUUAUGUAAUGCAUUUUAUUUUUACUCAUUAGUCAUGAUCUGGAUGACAUCUCAAGGAGCAGCAUCAGAGAGUCAUGCCUGGGAAAUGAGGGUGUUUGACUUCCAUGCCUGUCACCCUGUGGGUUGGUCUGUGGAACUGACUCAGGCUGAUGUAGGCGGCUAAGGGGAGGUUCCUUUCUUCCCUGCCAUUCUUGUAUCUGCACCUUCAGGUGAAGAGGGUGACCUCGCAGAGAGAGGAAGUGAGUUCUUCAGUCAUGUCAUGACUGGCUUGUAAAAACAAACGUGAUCUUUUCCCCUGGCCAUACACUUUCUGUAAAUAGCCCAGGAAGAAAGCCCAGGGCUUCAGAGCUGGCCAGAGUGGCCUUCCCAUGUUUCCAUUCAUAAAUCCUGCCUGUAAGUGAUCGCAGUCAAAAACCAUUUCACUUAAUUCAUCAUCCUACUUCAGGGGAAUCAUUUUGAAGAAUGCAAAAUUUGAGGAUGGAGGUGAUUUUUAUAACUUUUUCUGAUUUGGUGCUGAAUCUGAGAGCUAACAGCAAUAACAAACAGGGAUUUUAAUCUUCAGAUCUCUUCACAGCUUGAUUUAAUCUGCACAAAGCUAUAGUGGGAGACAGGUAGGCGUUAUCUCCACUUUAAGGUUAUACCGUUGGUCCAAGGUGGCAGAAUUAGAACGUGGAGACGGUUGUGUGCUCAAUUGUGAGUGUUACUAGUUUGCAUGGCUAUGAUGCCUGGCCUAGCACACCGACACUAAUUGGAUAUCUAUAUAUUUUCCCCCUUUCAUUGAUUACCUUAUACUUGUAAAACAGCGAGAUUAGAGAUGACUAUCCUUGAAUUUAGGUUAUAAAAUUUUAAACAAAAUGUUAUCAGCUGCUUAAGUACUUUCUGUCAUUUUGGAUUGUUCUUCAUCUGCUGAAGUCUGCCACUGCCGACUUCGCUCUGAGUUGAUUUUCACUUGCUUGUUCAUGUAAUCCGUUUAGUGAUCAUUAGCAACCUUCUGCAUGUAAGAUGCUGGGCAAGGAACCAGCCAUAUUAUUAUAGCCAUUACCCUUUUAUCUGCUGGUGGAACAGAGGUGGGAGCACCAGAAAGGCCCUCUGGCCAGGGAUCCCUGUCCCAAGCCGCUGAGUUUGGUUCUUUUCUCCUAUUAGCCUAAGAGCCAUGCAUAGAAUCUUAUUUCAAUUCACAUGCUAAUUCACCCACAAUCGAUUUCAUUCCUUUUUUUUUUUUUUUUCUGUCUGCUCCUAAGCCUAUGUGAAUUUUCUUGGUAAAAAUAACUAGAAAGUUUAAUGCAUAAUCCAGGUGAAGGGAGAGCAGGCGUAUGUACAAAGAGUUGAAAAAUUUAUCAUCACUGCUAAUUCAUAAAGAUCACUUUUGGAAGUUUCAUGGUUUUAAACCACUGUGAAGCAAGGUUCAUCCAAAGUGCCUAAACCGUGAUAUCAUUAAGUGUCUGCAUUUCACAGAUAGCAUAUUUAAGUUUUUUAAAAUGUCAGCUUAAAUGCUUAUAUCUCCAAAGAUUAGCUGAGAUUACCUAAUGUUCUUUAGCCUUUUUCCUCUUUUCAGGUCAUUGUGUUGUAACCUAUGAAACCUGUUUUAGAAAAAAAUUGAUCUGGAGAAAGCUACAUAGAAAAAAUACCAGAUGUGAAAAAGAUAGGAAGCAGGCAUGGGAGAAGGGAGAACAAGGAGGAUUAGCUUCACACAGUUAGAAUGGGGCAAGCUGAACUAUGGACAGUUUUGCCUGAGUUUUACAUUUUGUCCCUAGAAAAGCGUGUGCACUCCCAGGGCAUUAGUGCUCAGAUAGGCAGGCGAGGAAUUCUGUUUGGCAGCAUGACCACAUCCUGUAGCUUAUGACCUGAGCACAAGUGCCUUGGUAUAUUUUGAGAAGCAGAUGUACUUCUGGUUUACCGUCUUUAAUUUGUCUCCAUAAAAUUAGGGCAUAAGGCAAAAAGGCAUGAGGGGAUAGCAUCAGCCAAUUGUAAAUCACGUUUUUUUUUUUUUUUUUUUUGCGGUACGCGGGCCUCUCAUUGUUGUGGCCUUUCCCAUUGCGGAGUACAGGCUCGGGACGCGCAGGCUCAGCGGCCAUGGCUCACAGGCCCAGCCGCUCUGCGGCAUGUGGGAUCUUCCCGGACCGGGGCACGAACCCAUGUCCCCUGCAUCGGCAGGCGGACUCUCAACCAGUGCGCCACCAGGGAAGCCCUGUAAAUCACCUUUUGAUCAUUUUCUUGAAGGAUUGCCAAUAUUCUCUGACGUAUAUCACCUGACAAAAAGCGAUCAAGUCUAGACAAACUGAAAAAGGCCGCAAUCAUUGGUGGAAGCUGAGUACUGCUGUAUUCUGUUGUGACAGGCUGCAUGUCUUCCUACUGAAGAUUUUAUUCCUUCAAUAUUAUGAAUAAUUAUUCUUAAUUGUGAAAAUGGGUGUCCACUUUUUAAAAAAAAUUUAUUUAUUUAUUUUUGGCUGCGUUGGGGUCUUUGUUGCAGCACUCCGGCUACUCUGUUGUGGUGCGCAGGCUUCUCAUUGCAGUGGCUUCUCUUGUUGCGGAGCACGGGCUCUAGGCGCGUAGGCUUCAGUAGUUGUGGCUCACGGGCUCAGUAGUUGUGACUUAUAGGCUCUAGAGCGCAGGCUCAGUAGUUGUGGCACAUGGGCUUAGUUGCUCCGAGGCACCGGACCAGGGCUCGAACCUGUGUCCCCUGCAUUGGCAGGCGGAUUCUUAACCACUGCACCACCAGGGAAGCCCCUGGUCGUCUACUCUUCUUGGUCACUAUUCCAAAAGCCAACACAAAUUUUUGUCGUUGUUAAAAGGACAAAUGUAUUGCAUUUCUGGUUUGCAGAUUUCUAACCGGGUUCGUGGGCUUCUUUUGUUUCCAAACAGCUUCUUCAGAGCCUGUGAGUGAGUUGCAGAAUUAGCGUUUACGGAUAGGUCAGAGGCCGAGAACGCUCAUUUGGCUGUUAAUUGUGGCAGGAUGUGACUUUUGAAAGCUCUGAACACAUACCUAGAGGCAGCAAAAUGCUCAUUUAUUGACUAUUUAACUCAAUGGAACACAGCUUUGCGUUUGAGCUUUUGAAAAUGUUCUCCGAUGUAUUGUGCUUCUAAAUGUAACGCACGACCUUUAAUACGUUUUGUUCUUGAACAAUCUCUGAAAGCUGUUCCAACCGUGGCAUUUCUUGAAUGUGCAGCGUUAUUCUCCAGCGUGUAAAAGUGGCUGGCCACCUUUCUCAUGCCUUAUACUCCACCUAAAAUAUGCAAUAAGCACUCAAGCAGGAGUGGAGGGGUCUUUGGUUGGGUUUUUAACCAUGCUGUAGAGAUGGCCCUGCCCCUCACAGCUCACCACAACAUUGAGAAAGGACCCCGUGUAAAUAACCCUUGUUUCCAGAUGGAGUACAGGGACACAUUAACAUCAUUUCUCCUUUUAGGUCCAUCUCUAGUUAGAAAGCAUGAUCUGUUUGUAAUAUGCUGGAUGCAAAAAUGAAAAUUAAUAGGCAAAAUUUUUAGAGAAGAAUUCUAAUUUUAUAUUUUAAAAGUUUAUAAUAGCAAUUUAUUUGUAAAAACCGGCCUUUGCACAUAGAUGAGAACCAGCGCUUUUUGGAAAGCCUCAUCUUUGUCCUGGGAGUUUAAUAACCUGGAGCUCUUACCCAAAUGAUAAAGACCUAUAAGGUCUUGACAAAUGUAAAUAGUGUAUAGUUUAAAAAAGGAUAAAACAAUUUUUUUAAAAGAAGAAAACAGGUCAGCUAUGUUAUAGGUGUGUCACAAGGCUAAAUUUAAGUCUUUUUAAAAUUCUAGUUAGAAACAUCAUUAAAUUCACUCUCCCAGCAAGGCUUAGCGCAGAAGGUCUACUUUUCUACCAGGUUGGUCUUUUAUGGAGGCUAUGAGCAAAAUUGUUCCAACUAAGCAACUGAGUACCAAGGCAGUAAAGAAAUGAGGCCCAGUUGAGUUUGAUGAGGGUUCACUUACAGUGGAUAACAUAGCCAGUAAAAUGUAUAGCCCUGGACACUCCACUCCUAGUUUCUCUGGAGCGGAAAGAAGAGUAAAGCCUCAUGCCAUCAAUCCACAGACCAGGAAAAGGCUGUGUUUCAGGGCUGGGGGAGGACGCUGUGGCCGCUCUCUUCUCUAAAUAAAGCACGUGGUAGCUCUGAACUCUCUUCGUAUCAGCCUUCUCCCAGACCAUGGCCAUCACCCCUGAAGCCUUCACUUUCCAACUCAGCCUUGAAGACAAAAGGUUUCUAAAAAGAUUCCAUGUGUAUUUAGGCCAUCUCAAACCAUCUGCCUUAGGAGGUUCAUCCAUUUCUAAACUGAGGAUUUAAAUACAAUGACUGCUCAGAUUUACAAGAAUGUACAACCAGCAGGUCCCCUUUUGCGGUCAAGGGCAUUAAUUGAAGGGCCAUACUCACUUUUUCCUCAGGUCAGAGGCAGAGGGAGGAUUUAACAGUGACCAAAUAGAGCCCUCGUUGUGUCAGUAUUUUUUAAGUUCAUUUAAUGGUGAUCAUGGAGGAAGAAGGGAGUAAAGGAAAAUGCAGGCAUGAAAAAAGAAACUAAUAGUUUCUAGUUUUUCCACUGCUUGCUAAAUGAAUUCUUCUUAGGCUACCUUAACUCCAGUCACCACCUAGAUCUUAAACAGCUGUGUUUAGCCAGCUGGCGAGGUUUUCUCAGGAUGUGUGGACGGGGGCUACGAUGUGGUUUCAAAUCGUUGGUGUAUUCUGCCAGAAAAGGAUUAUUUAAUCAUAA